AUGUAUGUGUUAAUGUAGUUGUAUAUAUCGAACCUGUGUAUUCACUCGGAGAUCUAUCAUACAUAUUGAAAGGAACAAAUGUUAAUUCAAAAUUAAUCAUAUUCUUUCUCUUAUAGAUCAUUUAAAUUGAAUUAGCAAUGUCGAAUUUGCAAAAUGCAUUGUUGUGUAUAAAAUUGUCGUAUUUUAUCAAUAACAACAGAUGAUUUUCAGUUUUCUAGGUGGAUAGAAUAUAACCUCUCUUUUGACAUUACAAGAAAAGAUUUCUAUGAGUAAGGUUAUAUAAAUUUAAACAUUAUAAAAACAUGAUUGAAAUUACUGCAAAACUUGUCAGAGGAUCUGUAUAUUUUUCUGGAGAAGUCAUUGAAUGUUUUGUUACAUUUAGUAAUCCUCCAAAUCCAAUUCAUCAAAUAUCUCAGAGUCACAGUGAUAUUUUUGAAAGUCUUGCUUGGGCCAGUGCUCAAAUUCAUUGUCAAUGUUCUAUGAACAGUAAAGUGGUACUUUCAGAUAGAUUAAAUACGACUGCUAGAUUGGCGGCAAUAAAUGCAAGGAAUUUUAUAGAUACAACUUUUGUACCAUGGCAACAAGACAAUGGUCAUGCUAUAUUAAAUACAAAGCCAAAAAUUUUGUUCUGUGAUUUAAGAUUGUCGCCUGGUGAAAGUAAGACAUACAUUUAUAGAGAAACAAUUCCAAGCGAUGCUCCUCCUUCGUAUAGAGGCCAGGCAGUAAAAUAUUCUUAUAAAAUAACAAUUGGAACUCAAAGAGUAAACACAGUUAUUAAACUUUUACGUGUACCAUUUAGAGUAUUAUCUUUGAGUGAGUUACCGGAAAUAACGACUUGCAACGAUAGCGUUGAUUUAAGUCCCAAUAAUCCUUUUAUGGAAACACAGCAUAGAGAAACCCCACUAGACAUAGCGCUUCAAACUCUUCAGAAUUUAACUGCAAGGAGAAGUCCAAAUUUUUAUAAUAUAACCAAUGGACGUGGACGUGUAGUUAGAUUUUGUCUUUUUAAAAAUUCUUAUAAAUUAGGCGAGGACAUAGUUGGUACAUUUGAUUUUUCAAAUGCUACUGUAUCAUGUGCGCAAGUGUCCGUUGCUUUACAAUCAGAGGAACAUGUCGCAGAGCAAUACAGACGAGGAAAGUCGACAACACCAACUUUAGUUAGUUACAAUAAACACCAUGAAAUGUGUUUAGGUUUGAAAUACUCUCAUUUGGUAUUACCUAUACCUUUACACGUAACGCCAGAUUUUACGACAGAACUGGUAACAUUAAGGUGGAGAUUACAUUUUGAAUUUGUAACUACUUCAAAAUUAGUUGAAAUGCCUUAUGAACACACGGUCAAUUGGCAUGGUCCUUCGACUUUGGAUGUUGAAACGAUGAUAUGGGAUUUACCUCUUCAUAUACACCCUACAACGGUUCCGCCAAAUACGGCUCAACAAACAAGAUAUAAUAUUGUCAUUUAGCCGUCACAACUUGGACGAUGAUUAUGUUAUUGCUAUCUCUUUGAAAGAAACGCAAGAUUUUUUACAAUAAGAGAAUGUUAAUAUUAUAAUUUAUUUUGCAUAUAGGUCUAUAGGUAUAUAUGUGUG